AUGGUCAACGUCCCUAAGGCAAGGAGGACAUUUUGUGACGGUAAAUGCCGUAAACAUACGAAUCAUAAGGUUACCCAAUACAAGAAGGGUAAAGAAUCGAAGUUUGCCCAAGGUCGACGACGUUACGAUCGUAAGCAGGCUGGGUUCGGUGGCCAAACCAAGCCCAUUUUCAGAAAAAAAGCUAAGACUACCAAGAAGAUCGUUCUUCGCAUGGAAUGCACAGAGUGCAAGCAUAAGAAGCAGUUGCCCAUCAAGCGGUAA